AUGCUUCUGUUUCUUCUCGCUCUCGCCACCAUCGUGGUAGGGGACUACCCCUUUAGAAAUAUCUCUCUAUCCUGGGAGGACAGAGUCAACGAUCUGGUAGGUCGUCUCACCCUGGACGAGAUCCAGCUACAGAUGGCCCGUGGGGGGUCAGGAGUUAACGGUGGUCCCGCCCCUGCUAUAUCCCGGCUUGGAAUCAAACCCUACGCUUGGGACACCGAGUGUCUCCGAGGUGAUGUAUGGGCGGGAGAGGCUACAUCCUUCCCCCAGGCGUUAGGACUUGGAGCCUCAUUUAGCACAGAUCUGAUAUUCCGGGUGGCCCAAGCCACGGGGGAAGAGGUGAGAGCCAAGAACAACGACUACACUUCACAUGGGAUAUACGGAAGUCACAAGGGUAUCAGCUGUUUCAGUCCGGUCAUCAACAUCGUGAGAGACCCCAGGUGGGGAAGGAAUCAGGAAACAUAUGGUGAAGAUCCGUUUCUGAGUGGGGUCUUUGCAACAAACUUCGUUAAGGGUCUCCAGGGAAGCGAUCCCCGCUACGUCAGAGCCAACGCUGGCUGCAAACACUUUGAUGUCCACGGCGGCCCUGAAAAUAUACCUGUUUCACGCUUCUCGUUUGAAGCAAAGGUGUCUGAAAGAGACUGGCGCACUACCUUUCUCCCAGCCUUCCGCUCCUGUGUCAAGGCCGGGACCUACAGCCUCAUGUGCAGCUUCAAUAAAAUCAACGGCGUGCCAGCAUGUGCAAACAAGAAGCUUUUGACGGAUAUUCUAAGAACUGAAUGGGGUUUCAAGGGUUAUGUGAUCAGCGAUCAAAGUGCCAUUGAAAACAUCAUCACUGAACACCACUACCUCAACAACAGCGUCGACACCGUUGCAGCGUGUGUGAAGGCCGGGUGCAACAUUGAAUUGUCACAAAAUCUAACCCAGCCCGUGUACAUGUCUCUUGUUGAUGCUGUUAAACAAGGCAAAAUUACUGAAGACGAGGUCAGGACCAGUGUGAAGGCGUUGUUCAACGUCAGAAUGAGGCUUGGAGAGUUUGACCCACCGGAAAUGAAUCAAUACACCAAACUAAACGUUUCAAUAGUUCAGAGCGAGGCUCACAGGAACCUGUCCAUGGAGGCAGCAUUGAAGACGUUUGUAUUGCUGAAAAACGAAAACAACGUCCUUCCCAUAAAACCAUCGGACUACCGGGAUGUGGCGGUUGUGGGACCAAUGGCUAACAAUCCUCAAGCACUGUUUGGAUUUUAUACCCCUGACAUGGACCCUAAAUACACCACCACCCCUCUACAAGGUGUACAGUCUAUCUGGUCUACAGCGAGGUAUGGAGCUGGCUGCUCGGACAACAGAUGCACUCAGUAUGACCGCCAGGAAGUCCAAACAGCGGCAAAAGGCAGUGAUCUGGUAUUUGUGUGUCUUGGGACAGGUGCUGAGCUAGAGUCUGAAGGCAACGACAAGGCCAACCUGGACCUCCCUGGACAACAGCUGCAGCUGCUUCAGGAUGCAGUCGCCUACGGCCAGGGUGCGAAGGUCAUCCUCCUUCUCUUCAAUGCUGGGCCACUCAACGUCACAUGGGCUGUAGAGAGUCCACAGGUUAAUGCCAUCAUGGAACUAUUUUUCUCAGCGCAAGCAACAGGCGAGGCAUUGCGAAGAGUUCUUUUAGCUGAAGGACCCAACUCAGUUCCGGCUGGCAGACUUCCGGUCACGUGGCCAAGGUAUAUAGACACGGUGCCUGACAUGACAAACUACUCAAUGGUUGAACGCACAUACCGCUACGCCACGUAUCCAGUUCUCUUCCCCUUCGGCUAUGGUCUGUCCUACACCAGCUUCUUCUACGACAUUUUGGAGUACAACAGUGAGGUGACAGCCGGGGCCGACUUGACUGGUUCUGUGUUUCUUACCAAUCGAGGAUCCUUCGAUGCUGAUGAGGUUAUCCAGGUGUAUAUAUCCUGGUCUAACGCCACUGUGACAGUUCCACAGCUUCAGCUGGUCGCCUUCGGCAGAGUGUUUGCACCACAGGGUGUACAAACACAAUGGGACUUCACCAUUUCGGCUGAAACCAUGGCAGUGUGGACUGAACAAGAUGGAUUUGUUGUUGAACCAGGUGUCAUUUCAUUAUGGGCAGGUGGUCAGCAGCCUAACAUCAGACCAGCUGUAGAGUCCAAUGUCCUUGCUGGCCAGUUCAAAGUCAUAGGGAAAAAGGUUCUUGGUCGAUAUUAAUAACAAAGACAUGCUUUUUCAAUUACUCCAGACUAGAUUUCCCUGGCUAAUUUCUACGUUUGGAUUGAUGUACAGCAAGCAGCUCAAGUGACAUGUAGCAUCACUAUUGCACUGACAGACAAGAACACGUGAAUCUGCAAUCUGUAAUGUACUAUAUUGUAAAUUGUGUUAAAUGGUAUUAUGUAUUGUAAAGUAUAAUGUUGGAAUGUUUAGCAUGGUGGUUUACGUCAGGGCUGGAUGUUGUCUCGGCACAACAACAGCAGCAUCUUCCCUCCAAUGUUUUGAAGUUUGUUUUGUGUCUGUUGAGUGUGUCUCAGAUAGUAACAUUUUAUAGGAGGCUAUAAUAAAAUUGACCACUAUGUAUAUUGCAAAUAUGGCAACGUAAAGUCACUUAAUCGUAUUACGCCCUGUAUUCAAAUUGAAACUGUAUGCAGUAAACGCAGUUAUUGUGAA